UGAACGCUGGUCAAGUUAAACAUUGUGACUUACGUUCCUCGGUUUCUGUUCUUUUCUUUUCACAAAAACAUAUGCAUGCUUCCUAAAAGUAAAAAGUGAUAGUAAUUUCAACUAAAAGCAUUACAGAAUUAAUUGAUUUUUCAACAUACUCUGAUCCCGCAAUCCCAUUUUUGGCAUGGAAAUUUGUUUGGGAAAACAAUGUCAGGACGUUCCUGAAAGUUACCUUCAAAAUUAAUUUUUGAAAACAUAACAGAAAAUGAGUGAAAAUACAGUAAAUAAUUCUCGUAGACCUAACUUUUCCAAUGUUCCUCAAAACGGAAUUAACAGAAAUUUAAACCUCAUUAAUAUCAAACCAACAGCAAAGAAAUUGGUUAUAAAAAAUCUUAAAAGCCAACCCAAGCUUCCUGAAGAUUAUCGAGAACAGACAUGGGAGAAACUAAAGAGUGCAGUACUUGCAAUACAGCAGUCAAAACCUAAUCAGUAUUCUUUGGAAGAACUCUAUCAAGCUGUGGAAAAUAUGUGCAAUCAUAAAAUGGCUUCAACUUUAUAUACUAGAUUAUAUAAUUUAACUGAAAGUCAUGUAUCUCACAAUAUAGAACAGUUCUUAGCAGAGUCUAUGGAUCGAUUUUUAUUCUUGAAGAAAAUGAACGAUACUUGGCUGUCCCACUGUAAUCAAAUGAUAAUGAUUAGGAGUAUUUUUUUGUAUUUAGACCGGACAUAUGUUCUUCAAAAUCCCAAUAUUUCUUCAAUUUGGGAUAUGGGACUAGAACUAUUUAGUAAAUAUAUAAUUCUGAACACAUUGGUACAAACUCGGGUAGUUGAAGGACUCUUGAUGCUCAUUGAAAAAGAAAGACAGGGAGACAAAGUGGACCGAACCCUACUCAAAUCAUUAUUGAGAAUGUUGACUGAUUUACAAAUAUAUGACAAGGCAUUUGAACAAAAGUUCCUGCAGUCAACAGAAAGGUUGUAUGCUUCAGAGGGUCAAAGACUUAUGCAAGAGUUGGAAGUUCCAGAUUAUUUAAGUCAUGUGGAUAAGAGGCUUUUGGAAGAAAAUGAACGUGUGAUUCAUUAUCUAGAUCCAGGCACUAAAUAUCAACUUAUUCACACUGUUGAAAAACAAUUACUUAGUGAACAUGUUACUAAUAUUCUUCAAAAAGGCCUCGAGCAACUGCUGAGUGAAAAUAGAGUAGCUGAUUUAUCUUUGUUAUACCAGUUAUUAAAUCGGGUGAAAAAUGGCCUUAUAGAGCUGUGCUCCUCUUUUAAUGCCUUCAUAAAAAAGCGAGGAAAAACUAUUGUAAUCGACCCUGAGAAAGACAAAACCAUGGUUCAGGAACUUUUGGAUUUCAAAGAUUCUAUGGAUAAUAUAGUGGUCACCUGUUUUAAUAGAAACGAGAAAUUUAGCAAUUCUCUCAAAGAGGCCUUUGAACACUUUAUCAAUCAGAGAACAAACAAACCUGCUGAGCUCAUUGCAAAAUUUGUCGAUUCUAAACUACGUGCAGGCAACAAAGAGGCUACGGAAGAGGAGUUAGAGAGACUCUUGGAUAAAAUAAUGGUACUUUUCCGUUUCAUUCAUGGCAAAGAUGUAUUUGAAGCUUUUUACAAAAAAGAUUUAGCAAAGAGACUGCUUGUUGGCAAGUCAGCAAGUGUUGAUGCAGAAAAAAGCAUGCUUAGCAAACUUAAACAGGAGUGUGGAGGUGGCUUCACAUCUAAACUGGAAGGAAUGUUCAAAGACAUGGAACUGAGCAAAGAUAUCAAUGCAGCUUUCAAGCAACACAUGAGCGUGAAUUCUCGAAAUCUGGCACCAAUUGAUAUGACUGUUAGUAUACUGACCAUGGGUUAUUGGCCUUCUUAUCUCCCAACUGAUGUAAAUCUGCCAGAGAAGAUGCUUCGAUUUCAGAAUAUAUUCAAAGAGUUUUACCUUAGCAAACACAGUGGCAGGAAGCUGCAGUGGCAGCCAACACUGGGCUAUUGUGUUCUAAGAGCCACAUUCAAAACUGGUCCUAAAGAGCUGGUUGUCUCCUUGUUUCAAACAUUAGUUAUACUGCUAUUCAAUAAAUAUGAUGAAAUUACAUUUGACUAUAUCAAGGUAGCUACUAAUAUAGAAGAUGGCGAACUGAGACGAAUUUUACAAUCCUUAGCAUGCGGUAGAGCUAGAGUUCUCAAUAAGUUACCUAAAGGAAGAGAAAUCAAUGAUAGUGAUAAGUUCAGGUUCAACAAUGAAUUUACUAAUAAACUCUUCCGAAUAAAAAUUAAUCAGAUUCAGCUGAAAGAAACUGUUGAAGAACAAAAGGCUACAGAAGAACGAGUUUACCAGGACAGACAAUACCAAAUUGAUGCCGCUAUUGUUCGAGUAAUGAAGAUGCGCAAAACCCUCAGUCACAAUUUGCUCAUCAGUGAGCUUUAUUUGCAGUUGAAGUUUCCUGUUAAGCCUGCUGAUUUGAAGAAACGCAUUGAAUCCCUCAUCGAUAGAGACUACAUGGAAAGAGAUAAAGACAAUCCCAACCAGUACAACUAUGUCGCUUAAGGUGCCGUUUCAAUUUGAUCUGUGUUCUUUCAUCUUUAAUUUCAAACUAGAAUACAUUUUGAAAAACAAUCUAGUCCAGUCAUGAAUUCUGGCCUUUUUCUGCAUUGUACAUAUAACUGCGGAAGUCACAGUCUGGUUUAUAACAUGGAUUUGUGAAAACUAGAUGGUAGAAGGGUUUUGCCAGAUGCACUAAUUUUUUUAUAUUGAGUUCUUUACUAAUAUCAUCCCGUUGGCAAAGCCUGUUUAUGCCUGUUCUUUAAUAGAUAAUAAUUGUAGACCUUAUAAGAAAAAUUGAGUUACUCAUUUGAUUAUUUGUUUAAUAACAGCUUUUAUUUUGUUUAUUUGGCUUUUGAAAAAUAUGCAUGGGUGGUGAUAUUGUCUCAGUUACUCUUUUAUCAGUCUACUAGUUGCAGCCUCUUUCAAGCUCCAAUUUAACAGUUAUUGUGUUGAAACUGGGAAACUGAAAACCUUAUGAAGCUCACAUGGAAUCUUCAUGAAUAAAAUACUUAGUUUUUGCAAGAGAAAUAGAGGCAAUAGCAUUAACUGCAUCUAGAAAUAAAGAAAAUGAAAUAACAGCUGAAAAAUGUAUAAAGUAAAUUAAUAGAAUCUAUCAGAAGUGAAUUUAAGAAAUGAUAACACCAGUGACACUUAAAAAACACGUUGACUAUUACUUGUGUUUGUUA